UUUGAGGUUAGAGGUCGACCUUUGUAAAUGGACAAACAAAACAAAAUGGAUAACUUACUGUAAUAUUGUGCGUUGUGUUAACGAUUUAAAAGUGUUUUAAAAAUAUGUUAAGAUUAUUAUUUAUUGUAAUAUUUAUAUUAGAAAUAAAUGCGUCUUUUCUUUCCAACCAUGAUUAUAUCAGAUCUAACCAAUCGUACAGUCAGAAUCUAUCAUUAAAUCGAACUAAACGAGAUUUAGACGAAUGUAGCUACAAUGAAUAUGAAUGCAAGGACGGGUCGUGUGUGCGAGCUAAUAGCGAUUGCGACGGAAUAUACGACUGUGCUGAUGGCAGCGAUGAAGCUUUCUCGCUUUGUAGGAAUAGAAAAUGUCGUGCGAAUCAAUUUCGCUGUAAUUACGGCGCUUGUGUCGAUAAAUUCAAUGAUGUCUGUAAUAAAAGAGUAGACUGUGCCGAUGGAUCUGAUGAAUUAAGUGAGAAAUGUACUGGAAUUAAACUGACAGACGGUGAUAAUUUCAUAUGUCGUAACGGACAGUUAAUACCAAAGAAGGGACGUUGUGAUGGUGUCACUGACUGUGCUGAUGGCACAGACGAGAAUAUAGCUGCUUGUGUUAAUAUCACUUGUGACAUAGGACAGUUUGUGUGUGAAUACGGCGGAUGUGUUGAUGGCAAGUCUCUUUGUAAUGGGACAGCGGAAUGUCGCGACGGAUCCGAUGAGCGUUUAGAUAUAUGUGGUCGUUUGACAUUGAUCAAGGUGUCAGACAUCUCCACGACAGAGGCACCAGUCACUACACCUAAAUGCGUUCUACCACCGGAGCCUCAGAAUGGCGUUUACAGAAUUAUAAGUGAGACUAACUCUAGCGAUGCAGAUUAUGUAUACUUGCAGUAUGAUUGUUAUCCUGGCUUCAGACUUAUUGGGGAACCUAAGAUAUUAUGCUGGAGAGGUGUUUGGCCUAAGAUACCUUAUUGCAUACAAACUUGUCCCCUACGUAAAGACCCUAGUAUAGAAUACCAGUGCACAGAAGAAGACUUGGAGACACCUCGCCAGUGUGAGGAGGAGGAGGUGGAAGGUGCGAUAGUGAGGCCCGCGUGCCGACAGCCGCAUUACUACUCGCCAGUUGAACUGCCCUACAUGCACUGCAGUCAGGGUGCUUGGAGUUCUGGACCUGUUUGUGUUGCAGAAUGUGGUACAACGCCACCGAUAGUCUCCCAGUUGGUACUGGGGGGGGAGACAGCCAGAAAUGGCGAGAUACCUUGGCACGCGGGGAUAUACUUUAAAGAUCCAUCUGUUAAUAGCUACCAGCAGAUCUGCGGAGGUUCCCUUGUUAGUACCACCGUGGUGCUGUCAGCUGCACAUUGCUUCUGGAAUGAGGUUACCAAACGGUUAGAGAACAAACAUAACUACGCGGUGGCUGUCGGCAAACUGUACCGAGACUGGGAUCAUGUUAAAGAUGAAAGAUUCGUUCAAAAGUCUAAUAUAAGUAAGAUAGCAGUUCCGAAGCUAUACCGUGGCAUUGAAUUAGACUAUCAUCAUGAUAUUGCUGUAGUGAUAGUGACUAAACCGUUUGAGUACAAAUUGCACAUCAGCCCUGUAUGCUUGGACUUCAGACCUGACUUCAAUAAUGAACAACUGCAGAGCGGACAGCUUGGAAAGGCGGCCGGUUGGGGUUUGACAACGAAAUAUCGAGGCUCCGAGUCCCAGGAGUUGAAAGUGAUCGAAUUACCUUACGAGGAUCUGGACAGGUGUAUCAAUCUGACUUCACGACAGCUCAAACAUUACGUGGUGUAUGACAAGAUAUGCGCUGGAUCAUUGGAUGGGGAGGCUCUCUGUAGAGGCGACAGCGGAGGCGGGUUGGCCUUCCUCUCGGAGGUGUCAGGUGUGUCGCGCUAUUACCUCCGCGGUAUCGCCUCCACCAGCCCUUUAUUAAGUAACGAUAUUUCUUGUAAUGUUGACUCUUUGACUAGUUUUACAGCUAUUAUAAAAUAUGAAGAUUUCAUAAAACGAUAUUUGUGA